UACCGUAGUCCUUCGAGUCGCAAAUAGCAACGUCAUACCCUGCCUGACAGGAGGCAUGUGAGCCUAUCACCGGUCCCCGGUGUCAUCACGCUGCUCUCAUCACCAGCACAAAUAAUCCGCCCAUGCGCCUCGGCAUCGUCAAUCGUUAAAGCUUCGAGUAUCUUUCUAUCGUUUCUUUGAAAUAACCUCAUCAGGGGCAAGUACGACGCACUAAUCGCCCUGGGUUUUGGGUAAAACGCAAUCACAAGUCGGCAGCCGAAAACACUCAUUCGUCUACUGCAAUAAGCGUUCAUACUGGCUCAUUUAUAUGUCCAGAGAAUGAUUGGGACUUCGUUCCCGGAAUACGUCUUCAUCCGGAUAAACAUAUUUCUUCUACAGUAUACAACGCCAAUAUGUCUAGUCUAUCUUCUUGCAUUGAUCACCAUCAAGGGUGGGGGAGUGAUCCUAUCUUUGUCAGGCACAAUUGCGAUUGGGUACGCCAUCGCUGACACCAUAUACGCGCUGUUCAUCUACUACCCGUAUAAUCGCCGUCUCAAGCAUGAAGCUGAACAUCCUCCUCUCUUGCCCCGCACAGAACGACGGGAGCUCUUCUUACGGUGUCUCGACAACAUUCCUGACAUUACCAGCUAUCUGCGGAAUUGGUUUCUCGGGGCCAACGCCGCCGAUAUUCGACAGGAAAAUGUACAAGAGUUUCUCUCAUGGGCUUUCUUCGACAGACAUCCAGGCAAUGAGACCGCCGCAGAACUUGAAGAGCUCGAUGAAUACGUUGCUGAAGUUGAAAAGCGCAUGGGCCAUCAGCUGCAGCCGGGGAGGGGCAAAGCACGAAGUCUUCGCUUGACGCUCGAUGAGAUCGAGGUGCGAUAUAGAAGCGUUAUAUGGUACUUCAUCGUGGGCGUGGUUGAUCUCUCCACCCACUUACGGCUAUUGCGUCACGGGUUCCGGCAUUAUGCACAACCCUCACACUUGAUGAUCCCUCUACGCCCCCAGUCUAUCUUUACCACGCGGCAGUCCGUCUCUAAACUGAGCUAUAUGUAUCGACCGCACACAUCAAGAGACAAACUGCCACUUGUUUUUCUGCAUGGGAUCGGUAUUGGUCUCUGGCCAUAUACACAGUUUUUAUCGUUUCUCAACGAAGCCUAUACCGAUGAUGAUCAAGUCGGUAUCAUCGCGCUGGAGUACCUCCCAGUGUCCGCACGACUGACGAGUGCACCUCUGAGCCAAGCGGAAUUUCUCUCGGAGAUCUCACUCAUCCUAUCCUCACACGGGUGGGAUAGGUUCGUCGUUGUCGGUCACUCGUACGGAACAGUGCUGGCUACCCAUAUGCUGAAAUCACCUAGUCUGAGCCCACGGAUACAAUCCAUCAUCUUGAUUGAUCCAGUCUGCAUCUUGCUACAUUUGCCUGAUGUUGCAUACAACUUCACAAGACGUAAGCCGCGUGGGGCCAACGAGUAUCUACUAUGGUACUUCGCUAGUAUGGAUCCAGGCGUAGCACACUGCCUAGGGCGUCAUUUCUUUUGGAAAGAUAACAUCGCUUGGAAAGAGGACUUGUUAGGGACCGUGGGGCAGCUAUCUAAUAGUGAAGGGAUUAGUAGCAUGACUUCGUCAAAGGAAGGGCAUGCACGCAAGGUGAUGGUAUGUCUCGCGGAGGUAGACUUGAUCGUCGACACGAAGACAGUCCGACAGUACCUCCUCAACGAUGGAGAUUGGAUAUCUGUAAACAAUGCCCCAAAUAACCCAUCUAAUACGCGAACUCUAGCAGAUAAUGUUCGAGUAACUCACUUCGAGCGAAACGGUAUCGAGGUGGUAUGGUUCGACGGACUCGACCAUGCACAAGCCUUCGAUGGGAGGGACAGCUCAGCGCAUCUCGCGGCCAUCACUCGCCGUUCUUGCGCGCCGAGUGAGCGUUAAUAGAAUAGAGAACACCUAUCUAAUCUAUGAUCCAAGAUAAUAAUGAUAGACAGUAAAUGUAGUAAUGAGAAUAUCCUCAUACCUAGAAGCCCAGAUGCUGUUUUACAAUCGCUUUGUGUCCAUUCAUUUCACUCAUCCAGUCAUAUCCUCGCCUCACGUGACACUCAGUCUGUAUCUGCUUUCACUCUAUCACCAUCCCACCCUGUCAAGUACACGACUACCGGCUCGGG